AUGUCCACUGAUCCCGCAAACCGAUUGGAGGAGCUGCAGGCGCAGUUGCGUACCCGCAAGGAGGCACUGCGCACCCGUGUUGACGCGCUUCUCAAAGAAGCGGGCGACUCGGAGCUCCCACCACUCGAGGCUCUGCGAGAGGAGCGGAUGCGAUUAAUCCGUGAGGUUCAGCACCACAAGGAUGAUGGAGAUGCGAUGGCUCUGCAGAUUGAAUCCAACGAGGAUGCGGCUGCGGUGUACCGCGUGGCUGCGCGUGUGCAACGGUUUGAGUACUUCGCCGACUCUGUGGAGACAUAUGUGGAGAAGGAGCUCCCAGAAGAGAUUGCGCAGGUGGCGGCACAUGAUAAGAACCACUCAGAGGAUGAGGUCGCUGCGUACAUUACGGAACUGCAGGAGAAGCGCGAGGCGGAGUUGAAGAAGAUCAACAACCUGCAGGAGCGUACAGCCAAGCGGGCACAAGAUCUUCGCAAUGGACCGAAGCUUGAACAGGGUGAGGUGAACGCACACAGCCGUUCGAUGAAGGCCAAAGAGGAGGAGUUGGAUAAGGAGACGAAGGACACAAUUGAGUACACCUCUGAGGUGCGAAAUGAGAAGCAGGAACUGUUGGCGAAGGUCAAGACACUCCGUCAGGAGAAAUCCAAGCUGCAGGCGGAAUUGUUGGAUGAGAAACACAAGGGUGAAAAGGCCAUUAAUGACCUCAAGAGCCGUAUUCGUCAUGCAGAGAUGACCAACACACGCGAUACCCGUCGUUGUCAAGAACUGAACAGCAGCAACGCCGCCCUGACAACAAACGCACAGAUUCUCAUGGGUCAAUUGAAUGUUGAGCACUACGGUGUGGAUGGUGCCCCAUCCGAGAAGAAGUUACUCCAGGAACGUAAAUCCGAAGAGCGACGGGCCGCCAAACAACUCGCCCAACAGCCCGAGGAGGAGAACCACCACCACCAGGAAACCGAGGAUGGCCACAGCAGCCACAACAACCACACGCCUUAUCAUCGCAACGAGACCGGCAACUCCGUCGCCGCGGGCUCCGGCAUUUCGUCCCGCCGCCAAUCCGCCGCCGCCAAGCCGCCGCUCGUCGCGCUGAAGCACACGGAGUCUCAACUCAACCGCGAGGCCGCACUGCGGGCGGAAGUCGGCCAUCGCCGCGAAGAAGAAGUCUCCGCCGCUCGUGCCCGCCGCCGCAGCUCCACUCAACUGUCGCAGGCGUCGGAACACUAA